AAAGUGCUUUGCACACCAUUUUUCGUUGUUUUCUUCCUUCUUUUCUCUUUAAAGGUUCUGCUAGGGUUGUAUAGAUAGAGUCAUCUCUCUAUCAUUUAGUGCUUUCAUUCUCUAUGGCUUCUCCUCCCCCACUACCUCCUCCAGACCCAUUAUCUACCAUUGCUGACCAGCUCUCUUCCUUGGUUCAGCAACAGGAUUUCCAUGAUUCCAGAAAUGAGGCUUUCACCUCCAUCCUCCAACACCUCUCUCAGCAAAUCACUACCCUCACUGAGCUGCCAACAACCAACCCAGGACAACCACCACCUCGUCCCCCACUCGGAUUCAAUGGCCCAGGACCUGGCCCUGCUCAUCUUCAUCCGGGAACUAACUUAGGGGUUCCGAGCUCAUCAUCAGGUUUCAACCUUCCACACCAACCAGCUCACCUUCCCAAACACAUGAAGCUUCAGCUCAUUGCGUUCGAUGGAUCUGACCCACUGGAUUGGCUUUUCAAAGUUGAGCAAUAUUUUCAAUUCCAUCAACUUCCUCCAUCUCAACGCUUAGAUCUGAUGGCUUUUUACAUGACUGAGGAUGCUCUCAGCUGGUACAAAUGGAUGUCAAACAACAAUCAAUUGUCUACAUGGGAGGAAUUCACCAGAGCCCUCACUCUAAGGUUUGGACCUUCUACUUAUGAAAAUCAUCAGCAAGAGUUAUUUAAGCUGAAACAAAUCUCCUCUAUGGCUGAAUACCAAAAACGGUUUGAGAAAAUCUGCAAUCAGGUCUUUGGUUUGACCCUAGAAAUCAUGCUCAAUUGCUUUUUGUCUGGCUUGCACCCUGACAUUAACAAGGAACUUAGCAUCCUGCGACCCUACUCCGUCUCCCAGGCCAUUGGGUUAGCCAAGCUCGUGGAAUCCAAGCUGAAGGAUAAUCGGGCUUUUCCGGGCCGAUUCAACCGCCCAGGGGCCCCCUUCUCCCACGGCCAACCAACUUCAUCCUCUCCAGCCAUACGCUCCUCGCUUCCGGGGACUACUUCCUCACAACCGGCCAAACCCUCAUCUCCUUUCACCAUCAAGCGCCUCACACCCACGCAAAUGCAGGAGCGGCGAGCUUUGGGCCUCGCUUUAAUUGUGACGAAAAAUACGUCCAGGGCCAUUGCUGUCAAUCUAAGCAGUUCUUAUUGCUCCAAAUUGACGAGCCAAAUGGUGACCAGAACGGGGAAUCUGACCCCGAGAUUGACCCAAUUCAGGCCAUUGCGUGCGCAGAGGAUGAAGAGGCUAUCUUCUUCCACGUUUCUGACUUGGUGCUCACUGGAGCGCCAUCUCCAAAAACACUCAAGUUUCCGGGCACCAUUAAGGGCCACCAAUUCCAGGUUCUAGUGGAUUCAGGGAGCUCUCAUAACCUCAUUACUCCCCGCCUUGCCCACUUCUUGCAUUUGCCAUCCCGGCCUAUAUAUAUAUAUAUAUAAAAGUAAAAAUAUAAUAAUGCAUUUUCAAAUACUAUAUUAUUUAUUUAGGAUGAAGAGUUCAUUUUUUGAAUGAGUUAAAUGCUAAAAAGAGUAUUUUGAGAGAUAAACUUCACAUUUUAGAUGAAUUGAAAUAUGUAAAGUUAGUCUUCGUCGUUAAUAUUCAUAUGUUAUGUGCUGAGUCAGAUAAUUGAGAGUCUGCAUUACUUCGUUAUGUGGCAUGACAUGUCAUUUCAUUAAUAAUGAUGUUUAAUUUUAGUAA